CCAUUCUUCCCAUUUGUGUGCGCGAUAUUGCGUAGAAAAGAGUUGGAUUUCUCUCCUCCGCGGGCUGCAAUUGCCAAGACUUUGUUGCAUAAAGUUUUGUCGCCUUUCCUGACUCUCGAUCGUGCCAAUAUUUCAUGAUCAUUAAUAAGAUCCUCGCGCGAUCACGUGAAUGGGAUCAGCAACAAGGUCGUAAAGUGGAGACACGAUAGAGGAGAUGAAAUAUAUUGAGCCAGAGAGAGAGUGAUCUACAAACGACGCAUUUGCAUUUCAACACCUUUUGCACCUGAGCGGCUAUAAAUCAUUGUCCGCGCGUUGAUAGAUUCGAAAGUGCUUCGCGCGCUCUUUUUUUCUCUCCCCCUUAUUUUGCCGUGUGUUUUUUGUUGCAUUUUGUGGUGCGUCAAGUGCGGGAAACAUGACGAUAAGUGUAGGAAAUGUGGCGGAGUUCACCCUGCCGGAUGGUGGCAAUGGUGUGGGAAAGUGGCGCAUUCUCAAGAAUAUCGCCGUCAUUUCCGUGGCCUUCCUGCUGCAAUUCACCGCCUUUCAGGGCACCGGCAGUCUGCAGUCCUCGAUCAACGAGGAGGGCGGCCUGGGCACGAUUUCCCUGAGCGCCGUCUUCGGCGCCAUCAUCAUCUCGUGCGCCUUCAUCCCCACGCUGGCCAUCAAGAAGCUCACGGCCAAGUGGACGCUCUGCUGCAGCAUGCUCUGCUACGUGCCGUACAUCGGCGCACAGUUCUACCCCAGACUCUACACACUCAUCCCGGCCGGCUGUCUGCUGGGCCUGGGCGCGGCGCCGCUCUGGGCCGCGCAGUCCACCUACCUGUCGCACGUGGCGCAGAUCUACGCCAGGAUCACGCAGCAGAGCGCCGAGGCGAUGAUCGUGCGCUUCUUCGGCAUCUUCUACCUCUGCUGGCAAUCGGCCGAGCUCUGGGGCAACCUCAUCUCCGGCCUGGUCCUCUCGCCGCCCCGGAUCGAGGCCAACGCCAGCAUCGACUACACCCUGUGCGGCGCAAACUUCUGCGCCGCCACGUCGAAGGACAUCGCGAACCUCGAGCGGCCGCCCGAUCGCGAGAUCUUCACCAUCAUGGGAAUCUACCUGGCGUGCAUCGCUCUCGCCGUGAUCAUCACCAGCCUCCUGCUGGAUCCGCUCACGAUGUACGGCGAGACGAGAGGCGAGAAAGUGAGCGUCGGCCAGCUCCUGAUCGCCACCUUCCGCCAACUGAAGCGCCUCAACCAACUCCUCCUCGUCCCCCUGACGAUCUUCAUCGGCAUGGAACAGGCGAACUUCGCCGCGGAUCUGACACAAGCCUUUAUUUCCUGCACCCUCGGCAUCAACGAGAUCGGCUUCACGCUGGUGUUCUUCGGAGUGUGCAACUCCAUCUCGUCGAUUCUCUUCGGUUUCCUGACCAAGAGAUACGGCAGAAUCAGGAUUCUUGUGCUCGGAUUGGCUUCCAUAAGCGCGUGCUACUUCACGAUGCUCUUCUGGGCGCCGACGCCGCACAAGAAGUGGAUGUUCUUCGUCAUCUGCUUCCUGUACGCCGUCGGAGACUCAAUCUUGCAGAUCCAGGUCAAUGGCAUUUACGGCGCGAUCUUCUCCGGCAACCAGGAGCCCGCGUUCUCCAACUACCGCCUGUGGGAGUCCCUGGGCUACGUCGUGACCUACGCACUGAACGCCGCUCUGUGCGCGCGCACGAAGCUCAUUGGCGCUCUGUGUCUCCUGGCGGUGGGAGUUCUGGGCUGGACAAUUGUGGAGUUUCGGGUGAAGAAUGGCCAAGUGAGUCGCGACGCGAAGCGCGCAGCCACAUAAAUCGCCGUUGAUUUAUCUAGCAGCAUUAGUUCCUCACGGCGCACACCACUCGCUUUGUGUGUGUGUUUUCAUUGUGAUUAGGCAAUUUGUUUAUGAAAUAUCACUCACGCUCAACAGAAGCUCUCCGGCCACCAGCGGGGCCCCGGCAAUUAGUCAAGAUCAUCACAAUUGUCCGGCUCGGAAUUGUGCAAAAGCGCGCGUUCCCACCGUAAAUUGUGUGGAAUGUCGGGAGGAUCAGUUGAUCGACGGCCGAUCGGAAAUUGUGUACAAUUUCACAGUCAAGAUCAUGUGCGUCUCGAUUGCUGUCGUCCUCCGACAUUCGCGAUUCGUUCCAUCCCGGCUGAUCCGGUGGAUCGGAGUUUCUUAGCAGAUUUGCAGUGGUGAUAAUUUUGAUCAAUUAUUAUUGUAGUCUGUAUUAGCUUUGCAAAUAAAGAUGCGUCGUCAGUGUUUCAGCAAACAUUUGCUCAGCUCUUUAUCAAUCGCGCGCAGGAGUUUCACGUGACUCUCUCGGUCGGCCGGGAUUGCGGAUUUUCCCGCAGAUCAAGAAGAGAACAAGGUGUAAAGUGAUCACCUUGCAUUCAGCAGCACUCUGGUCCGUGUCGUGACUGUGCAAAAUUCUCUAUACGUCCAAGAAGUGGCCGAUCAGUGGCCACGCAAGGGUGCAAAAAAGAACGCCAAUCGGCGGAUAAAAUCGACUU